CCAGCGAAGAAGAGCACGAAGCUAGCUUGCCAAGCUAACCGGUUGUAGACAUCUGAUUGAAGAUAUAAACGUAUAUAAACCUUUCGAUUGAAUGGGGAAAAGAAUUAACCGUGUCGUUAACAGGCGUUAUAGCUGCUGUCGGUUUAUGAUUUGACACGGUGUCAACUGUGAAGAGAUUCCAACAUGUCUAUCCAGUUUGUGUAUAACCAUCAGCACUUCGUCACUGAUGUGUAUCGGAUCAGUGGAAACAAUUCCGCUAAAAGCUCUGCAUCAACAAAGUUUGACACCGCCAUCCAAGGCGGCUGGGCAGACAGGAUGGCGCGGGGCAUAUUUCGCUACCAUCUGGGGGAUUUAAAAACACGGGUCCUGCUGGGUUCCCAUGGCUACGUGGCUCAGCUGAAUAUCCAACGAGGAAUACAGAGGAGAAAGCCUCAGGAGAUCCUGAGCAUUAAGCAGGAGUUCAGUGCCAAGCAGUUUAACUUUAACAAAAUUAAACACGAUGAAAUCAUAUUUGAGAUGAUAAAGGACAAAAAAGGAUGUACACCUUUGACUAACAAUACAGAGUGUCCUCAACCCCAGAAGAUGGUUGUGUUGGUCAAUGUUAGCCCUCUAGAGUUUGGACAUUGUCUCUUUGUCCCAGAUCCUGCUCACUGUCUCCCACAGAUCCUGACAAAGUUUGCAAUCCAUGUCGGCAUUGAAGCUGUGCUUCUGAGCUCUGAUCCCAGUUUCCGUGUGGGGUUCAACAGUCUGGGAGCAUUUGCAUCUGUCAACCAUUUACACCUCCAUGGAUAUUACCUAGACCAUUCCCUCAAGAUAGAGUCUAAGCCAGUUAAACCUUUAUGUCCUGAAAAGGCAUUUUAUCGAAUUUUGGACUUUCCGGCAGGCUUUUUGUUUUAUGCAGAAUCAGAGGAGGUGGAGAAAGUGGCCCAAACUAUCUGUGAAGUCACAGAUUUUCUUGUGAAUGAUAAUAUUGCUCACAACCUCUUCUUGACUAGAGGAAGCCCGCCAUGUGUUCAAACGCAAGGUGAAAAGGAUCUCUGUUCAAGAAAAGGUGUUCGCAUUGCUGUGUGGCCCAGAAUAUCCUGCUUCGGUGCCAAAGAGGAGGAUGCCUUUAAUGUUGCUCUAUGUGAACUGGCUGGACAUUUACCCUUUAAGAACAAAAAGGACUUUGAGCACAUGACAGAGGAAGAUGUUGUUGAUGUAAUCCAGAGCUAUCUUUUGCCUGAAGAUGAGUUUCACCAGCUGGAACAGCAGCUUACUGAACAUUUAUUGUGUUCAUAAUGUGUGGUCAUUUUCAUCAACUUACAGCUGGGCUGGAAGGAUCUUAGACUUUUGAUGGUAUAAAUGGAUGAAUCUGGUUACUGGAUUUUGAAUUUAAUUGUAAAAACUGCACUACCGUACUGAAUGUGUGUCAGAAUCUUCCCUGUACACAUGUUGAGAUUUAUGAUAUUUACAAGAUAAAAUGUGCUUUAAUUGGUUAAUGAAUGUGUUUUAGCAAAACUGCUGUCAAAUAAAAUGAAUGUAUAAAAAGAA